AUGACUCAAACUCACUUCACCCUCAACAACGGUAAAAGCAUCCCUUCAAUCGGUCUCGGUACAUGGCAAUCCGCCCCCGGAGAAGUUGCUAAAGCUGUCGAGUUUGCUCUCAAGAACGGAUGUCGACACCUCGAUUGUGCUUGGGCUUACGGAAACGAAGCUGAAGUCGGACAAGGUAUCAAAGCUUCCGGAGUUGCACGAGAGGAGAUUUUCGUCACUUCCAAGCUUUUCGAGCUUCACCACCACCCCGAACACGUUCCUCUCGCUAUCAGAGAUACAUUGAAGAACCUCGGUCUUGAAUACCUUGAUUUAUACCUUCUCCACUGGAACAUCAACCUCGAAGUUGACGCUCCCGAAGGUGUCCUUCCCCGAAACGAGCACCGAGUCAAGGGCUCUUCCGGUAAAUUCAAGCUCGAUGUCCCUCUUUCCGACGAUGUCACCCCAACCUGGAAAGAGAUGGAGAAGCUCGUUGACCAAGGUCUCGUCAAAUCUAUUGGUAUCUCCAACUUCAACAUCUACCGAACCAGAAAGCUUCUCAAGGAAGCUCGAAUCAAGCCCGUCGCUAACCAAGUCGAGCUUUCCAUCCAAAACCCUCAACCUGAGCUUGUCGCUUGGUUGAAGAAGAACGACAUCCUUCCUCAAGGUUACAGUCCUCUUGGUGGAACCGGAAAGACCAACCUCCGAGACAACGAGGUCGUCCAAAAGAUCGCUGAUCAACACGGUGUACAAACUGCCAACAUCCUCUUAUCUUGGCUCGUUACCAGGGGAAUCAACCCCGUACCUAAAUCAGUCACCCCCGAGAGAAUCGCAAACAACUUGAAACUCGUUGAGCUCACCAAAGAGCAAUUCCAAGAACUCGAGGACCUCUCCGUAUCUCACCCCAAACAAAGAGUCUGUGACCAAUCUGACUCUUUCGAGCCUGACUACGAUAUCUACCAAGAGAACGACCCUGAGUUCAACGACAAAGUCCAAUUUAACAAGGAUUAA